AUGCUUAACGGUUCCUAUCUUAGACGCCAUAACGAAGUAAUUAAACGACCUCAUCUGCGUCGCCAAUAUCAGAUAAAAAAGUUGACAAAAUUAAAAACCCAUCCAGCUCAAUCUGUUAUCACCAACGAAUUUGUGGAAAUCCGAUUUGACACAAAUCUUCCGAUGGAUACUGCUAACCUGAAUAACAAACCCGACAUAUUUAUUCACGACAAAUCGAGCAACACAAUUACACUAAUUGAGGUGGGGAUCACCUCACAAAAUUGUCUCAAGCAGGUCGACGUAAAAAAGUUCUACAAAUACGACUUGCUGGUAAAUGAACUAGAGGCAAUCUACAAGACGAAAAUGAAAAUCGUCCCUAUCGUUAUGACCUGGGACGGAAUUGUGUCAAAAUUUUCCAAGAACUAUCUGGAAGUCCUCGGAGUAGAGGACAGGCUAAAAGCAUAUUCCCAGACACUGGUGUCGCAAAAGACUUAG